AUGAAGAUUGGGGAAGAAGAGAUUUGGGUGACUGGUAGAUUGGGCUUGACUACGGCUAAUCUAUCUCAAGCUUUUGCAAAAGAACACAGUUUAUGUAUUAAACCAAAUGUUUUGGAUCAAUUAUUUCGAGAUUGUCAUACACAAACACCACAAGAUGCAUUUUAUGCAGUGGCUGGAUUGGGAGGCAGAUUGCUUAAUAUCACUGCAAUAUCGAUGAUUAAACAAUGUUGGGUUAAGUUUGCCAUAUGUUCAAAAGCAGUAUUUGUGGAAUCAAUGUCUGAUAAUGAUUAUGUUAGAUUAGAUGCGAUGUUGCAAAACUUGUCUAUUAAUUUGUUAAAAAAAAAUGUAGAAUUAGAUUUUAUCAAACGAGAAAACACAUUGCAAAGUCUUAGAUAUUUAAUAGAUUGUGGUUUACUAUAUAAUAAUAUACAAAUUAAUGGAAAAAUCAAAAGUUUAUUUGAUAGAUGGUAUUUAACUUCGCAAAUAUAUUCAAAUGAAGAUAUUGAAGAAGAUCAAGAAAAUUAUUUUACGUCAUCCUUAUCCAAUUAUAUUAAUAUAAAAGUUCGUGGUAAAUGGAACAAACAGAAAAUACAUUUUCAGAAAUAUCUUUCUUUUACAAUUAUAGAUGAUGAUACAAUAAUCGAAGAAAACAUAAAACUUCAAGCAGGUGACGUUGUUGAGAUAGAAGGAAAAGAAGACAAUGAUGAUAUUGAAAAUGAAAAAUGGUUUGCACGUAUUCAAGCAAUUUUUGUACACCGAUCAAAUGACAAUAAUUAUCAUAUUUCUUAUCAUUUGAAUGGUUUGAUUUGA